AUGUCUCAAGCAAUGCGUAUCGUCCCCGGCAACUCCAACGCCCAGACCUACACUCACAUUUCGCACACAUCCUCCGCCCCCUCCGCCCCGGGCAUCCACGAUACUCUCCGCCACGGUGUCGGCGCAUCCCCCUUCGACUCCAAGUCCACGCCCGCCUCUGCUCAUCCCCUCGAAGCCCGCCUCAAGAACUGGGAGGCUACUCAGGAGGCUCUCAAGAUGGAGACGCUUCGACGCACCUAUGGCAUGGCUGAGCCUAUUCGACGUGGCAUGGAGCUCAAGAUUGUUCAGAACGGCGAGUGGCGGCCCAUGGCCCUCGGCAAUGGCCUCCCCAGCGUUCACGAGGAUAUUCUUAGGGGCCGUGAUGCUACGAUUACCUGGGAGGACGUCUUCACUGGCGAUGAGACAAGAGCCGUUGCUGGAUUCCACGAUGAGAUGGAAAAGAAGCUCAAGAUCCAGUAA